UCUCGCGUAUCGGCGAACGGCGCGCACGUAUUUUCCGCGCUCUCCCGACUGGUCUGGUGCAGCUCUGCGCGCACGUGUCUGGCUUCAUCGUGUCCGUUAAUAGUGAGGCUGGAUAGUCACCUCGCGAUCUGGGUGCAACAGCUCUUUUGUGUUUACGAUAAUGCGCUGUGCUCUUUGUCAUCGAGUAGUAUUGACUGUUUAUAGUGAUUGAUUUGUGCUGUUUUAUACGAGUUGAGGUAUGUGCCAAAAGUGUAACGACGAUGCCAAAUUAUUUUUUCGUGGAUCUCGGUUCGAUGAUUCACCGCUGCUGUGACGGAGGAUAUCACGCUCGACAAUAAAGAUUCCUGUGAUAUACACCACACGAGUUCGCUGAAAACACGGAAAAAGUGACCGCGCGACCGCACCGAAUAAAAAAAAAAAAGGAGAAACAGCCAUGGCCAACUCGAACAAGUCGAAUACGACAAAACCGGACGCCGGCGAUGACGAUGACGUAAUCCUUUACAUGGACGAGCUGAUGCCGUCGCGGAUCGGUAACGGCGUGUCGACGAGAGCGGCUCCGACGAGUCUUAUACUCGAUGACGACGAGCAGCCGUUCGUCGAGUCAUCGAUCGUAGCGACGACCUUGGGCAGACGCGGCUCUCGUCUCUUGGAGACCGACAACACCAACAAUCCACGGCCGACCUCCGGACCGGAGAUCGACGACCUCGAGCCGGAGGUUUUCACUAACAGACGGGAGCAUUACCCUGGUAUCGACGAUGGACUGCUGCCUGAUCCCGACGAGGAUGAGAAGCCCUCGAUGGUCCCAGGAUCACCGCGACUUCGUCCCGGCGGCGACAUCCCGUCGUUCCCAGGCUUCUCGGGAGCACCGGGAACGACCACACCGACCCCCGACAUGAACGUCUACCAACAGAAGAAGACUAUAGCCCAGGGGAUGAUGGACCUCGCGCUGAUCUCCGCCAACGCCAACCAGCUCCGUUACGUCCUUCAGAGCAGCGGCAGACAUCCCUACUACUAUCCGUCCCUGUCGAUGAUCGGUUUGAGUCUGUUCCUCCAGGUGGUCGUCGGUAUCGGCCUCAUCUGGAACAGUCGGUACAACGUCAAGGUCGACGACCAGAUGUGCAAAGCCAACAGGGCCAACAACUGGACCGUCAUCGCCGUGUUCCUCGUUACCAUUCUCAAUGUUUUUAUAUCGUCUUUCGGCGUGGUCGAGACGUCGGAGAUCAUUUUUGCGACCAAUCCCGGAUCUUAGAUUUCUGAGGGUUGAUUUGUCUGAUGUGCUUUGACUGAACUGAAUUAGUUUAUGUAUAAUUUUUAGGUUAUAUAAGGCAAAUCAUGACAGUUUUGUAAUAAGAUUUAUAUAGAUUGUUGCUGUUGAAUCGUUAUUUAUAAGCAAACGAUACUUACACACGUGUACUGUACAGAUGAUGGUAAUUGUUGUACCGAACGUUUUUAUUUUUAUAUAUAACAGUGACGUUAUCUUGCCCGGUGUCUUGAUGUAAAACAAAUUUAUGUAUAUGUAUAUUACUAAAUACUUGUUCAAAUAUAUGCGAUUGAAUAUAAAUUAAUAAAUGAUUUUUCGUCGGUAAGGUAAGAA